UCCAAAGAAUUUCAACACCCAUCUCUCAACAUCAAGACAGAGAAGAGCCUCUCUGUCUCUCUGUCUCUCUCUAAAAAUUUCCUCUUUUGGAGAGCCGGGGAGGCAUUGCAAUAUCUCUUUCCAAUACCCCAUUUAGAAACCCAAGCAAUCCUCCCUCUCCUUCCAAACAUUUUAAGAAUUUUAGAGCGAGGGAGAGAGAGAGAAGCGAGAGAAAGAGCUAGAGAGAGAUGGGUGGGAAGAAAUUUGCAGUGCUUCUGUGCGCAGAGGACACGGAGUUUGUGAAGAAGACGUACGGGGGGUAUUUUGGGGUGUUUCUGAGAAUGCUGGCGGAGGAGGGGGAGACGUGGGACUUGUACCGGGUGGCGCGCGGCGAGUUUCCGGAGGACGAUGAGAUUGAAAACUACGAUGGGUUUGUGAUAUCCGGAAGCAGCAGGGAUGCCCACGGCAAUGAUGCCUGGAUCUGCAGGCUUCUCACCCUCCUCCAGAAAUUGGAUUCCAUCAAGAAAAAGGUUCUCGGCAUUUGCUUCGGUCAUCAGAUAUUGAGCCGUGCGCUGGGAGGAAAAUCUGGUAGAGCCAUCACAGGCUGGGAUAUCGGAAUCCGAACCGUCCACUUGUCACCAUCAUCCAAGGCCUUCUCCUCUCUCAACGUUCCAGCUCUUCUCUCCAUAUAUGAAAUCCACCAAGAUGAGGUGUGGGAACUUCCUCCCAAGGCAGAGUUGAUUGCAUGGUCGGAUAAGACGGGUGUGGAGAUGUUUAAGUAUGGAGAUCACAUGAUGGGCAUCCAAGGCCACCCUGAGUACACCAAAGAUAUUCUUCUCAAUCUUAUCGAUCGCGUUGCCAAACUCGAAUACAUCUUGGUCUCGGAAGCUGAAGAAUUGAAGGCCAAGGUGGAGGCAUGUCAACCAGACAGAGAGACAUGGAAGAGGGUUUGCAGAAGCUUUCUCAAGGGGGGAUUAUGAUGAUAAAUGACUAAUUAUUUAUGAGAGAGAAAAGAAAUUAAGUGUAGAAAUGUUGUGUUUUGAGGAGAGGCUCAAAAAGGGUGGUUAGUUUUCACAGUUUGAUAGGUUGGCAACUUAAGAAUUAAGAUGUUAAUUUAAGAAUUAAGAUGUUAUCAAGUUUAAUUUGAAGGAAAAUUUGCAAAGUUGCUUAAUUUUGCUAAUAAAAUCAUUGCAUUUUCUAAUCA